AUGGCGACACAAGUCGGAAUGGUUGCGAAUGAUGUGAAACCGCCAGAAACAAAGUCAAAGCUGGGCAUACGUCAUAUCCAAGUGGCUUUACUAUUCCUUGCGAUGCUCUUCGCAUACAGCAUGAGAGUCAACAUGAGCAUGGCCAUCGUCGCCAUGACAGACACCAAUAAUGAAAAC